CUUCCACGCGGUGAUUGGUCCACAGUGGACCAAGGUACCUAGUGUCAAGUAUCAGCUGAGGAGAAAAGUGGAGAAUGAAGUUUGAGGGUAAGUUUCCCUGUGGUAGGGGGUUCAUGUCUUCACUGCUUCGCUAGACAAAAUAUUUCCGCUGUGGAGACGGAUUGUCAACAACAAAAGGCGAUUAAGGUAGUCACUUCCAACAAUUGUUGAAAAGUUGAUCAGUUGUUUGGCACUGGCCGUAUAUUAGAACACAGUUUCGUGUCAAUGACUUUAUAAUAUGUCGGUUUCCAAUGAGAAUUCGGUUAAAGAUGUAGAAACAAAGUCAGCGCUGAAAGAAAAUGGAACUUCUCCAAGAUCCCGAGAUAACGGGGAGAGUGUCAACAAUUCGCGUGCUGUUUGCCGGGUUUGCAAAAGGUUAUAUCGUGAACCUAAAAUUUUACCAUGCUUGCAUACGUUUUGUGCUGAUUGCAUUCGGCAACUGGAGCCGUUUUCCGUGUCCACAAUCAAUGGCAAAGCGCUUUUACCAGAAAAUGAGUUCAUCCGAGACCACGUUCCCUUCACCGUCUUGUGUCCUGAGUGUGACUCCGAGGUGGACCUGCCGACCUCCGGGGCGGAUGGACUGACCACAGACCACCUCGCUCUGGACGAGGUGUUCAUGGAGACUUUAUUGAACGAAAAGUGCGUUGUGUGCGACCUCUGCAGCGAGGGAGACGCCGGGAAGCGCUGCGAGGUGUGCUGUGUCAACCUCUGCGAAUUCUGCAGUCAAGCUCAUAGGAGGCAGAAGAGGACGUCGUCUCACUCCAUCCAGAGCCUGGAGGAUCUGAAGGCCCAGGGUCGCCUGUCUCGGCCCGUGCUGUGCGCGCUGCACCCGGGCCAGGAGCUGCGUCUCUUCUGCGAGCCGUGCGACGCGCCCGUGUGCCUGGAGUGCGCCGCCACCUUCCACCGCGAGCACCGCUGCGGCCCGGCGCGCGAGGUGGUCCACCGCCACGGCGACCGCCUCCGCGAGCUGGUGGCCGGCGGCCUGCGGCCGCGCCUGGCCACGCUGGAGCAGUCGCUGCGGCGCGUGGAGCUCUCGCAGGAGGAGCUCGGGGUGCGGGCGGACGCGCUGGCGGCCGAGGUGCGGGCGUUCGCCCGCGGCUACGCCGGCGCGGUGGAGGCGCACUGCCGCGGGCUGCUGCGGCGGCUGGAGGAGCUGCGGCUGCAGCGCCGCAACCAGCUCCACCUGCAGGGGGCGCAGCUGAGGCAGGCCAUGACGGACGCCGCCGGCGCCGCCGACUUCGCCGAGCGGCUGCUCACGUGCGGCACCGACGCCGAGAUCCUCGCCGCCAAGGCCGUCACGCUGCGCCGGCUCACGCAAGUCGUCGAGACCGGCUACAACCCCAGCCCCGCCGCCGUCGCCCCCGACGACGGGAGCAGCAUCUGCUUCGUGCCCUUCGAGGGCGCUGGGGAGGUGGACGGGUACCCGGUGGUGGGGGUCAUCCACACCAAGACAGUGGACCCCAGCAAAUGCACCAUUCAGGGGGAAGCAGGUGUGCAGCUGGGCCGGGAGGGCCAGAAGUGCGAGUUCACGUUGGUCUGCCGCGACGCGUCCGGCGAACAGAUGGGCAAAGGAGGCGACGCUGUGCUGGUCAGCAUUGUGCACAAGGAGAAGAAGGACUGCACCGUGGAGGCGUCGAUCGUGGACAACAACAACGGCUCGUACUGCGUCUCCUACACGCCCGCCGUGCCGGGACCCUACUCCGUGUGGGUGUGUGUGAAGGCGCAGCACGUGAAGGGCUCUCCUUUCGUGCUGACCGUGAAGAGGAAGUUCCGGCGCCAUCGCGGCAUGUUUCACUGCUGCUCGUUCUGCUCCAGCGGGGGCGCUAAAGAGGCGAGGUGUGCCUGUCCGGGGACCAUGCCAGGAGGGUUCCAGGGCUGUGGCCAUGGUCAUAAGGGGCACCCUGGCCAGCCCCACUGGUCCUGCUGUGGCAGCCUGGUCGAGGCGUCCGAGUGCCUGGUGCGGGCGGUGGGCACCGUGCCCGGCUCCCAGCUCAGGACCGUGGAGCUCUGAAGCAUCUGCCCCACCACCCCCCACUCCCACCCCUAUACCCCCCUCCUUCACUCACCAAGCCUCCACCCCCUUGAAGGAUUUGCUCCACAUCUUCAGUCUCUAUCUCUACGAUUCUACCUCCCUUGUUUUAUAGAUCAACGCUCAUAGCGUUUCAUUACGUCUGAAACGCACACACACACACACACACACACACACACACACACUUACUGUAUCAGUUUCGUUCUCACAUCUAUACGUCUCCGUGGUUACAAAGACACUACAAUGAAUUUCUUCUUGUGAAGGCCUUGCGCAGUUUGAUUCAAUUUAGAUAUGCAGCACAAGCCGAAAUGACCCAGGAUCUUUUUUUUUUUUUUUCCCGCUUUCUUCCCUGCAGUGGAAGCCUUCUGGGGCCACAUCAUUUUUUAUGUAGGGAGGUUUGAUCUCGCCUUUUUAAUUUAUUACCAUCUCUGUACCACUAGGGGUUUUAAGCUCUGUUUCACCAUCCACGGCUACAAGCUAAGACGUCACGGUGAAGGAUAAAGAAAAGACUGCUUUUCCGUCUGUGUAUCAUAGCAUAUCCUCAUAUCCCCUCUGGAGCGCUGAAUCGCAGAUAGCGGGAAUCGUGCCAGGCAGGUCUCGGAAGCCCAACAAAAGGAAUCCUCUCUCGCCGUAUAUAUAAUAUUCUAUAGGUUCAAGGCUUAGUGCGUAACGAACGAGCCUCGUUCCGUUGAAGAGACUUUGACUUUGUGGAAGUGCCUUUGCCCGAGGCCUGCCGCACACAUCAGAGGUGGCGAGUCGACCGAUCAGAAGAUGAAAUGGUGCUUGAUGAUGAUUAUUAUUCUUAUCACUGCCACUACCACCUCAGCCACCUCUAUGUGUCUGUUGCUUAGCCAGCAUAUUCCUGAUUAGUGUCAUAAUGCAUUUUAUAGGGCUUCUCUUUAUGGCACCAUUAUGUCUUAUCAAGGGAUUGUACUCUGUGCCUCUUAAUCACCGGAAAUUAUUGGAUAUCAUGAAGUCACUUUCGUUUUUCCUCUUGUUAUCUACAACAGUGAGCAUACAGAACUUUUAAAAUUGUGCAUAAGUUAAUGUUAAUUAAUGUAAGUGUUGUGUUGUGUAAAUGUGUUCUUUUGCAUGUUUAGAAGUACCAAAGAACUGCCUCACGUCACCACAUCACGCCAACAGUGCCUUGUUUGAUUGGAUGGGUCCCCCCCCCCCCCCCCCCUGUUCAGUUCCUGGAGGGAACAAAAAAAGUUCUUACUGUUCACUUUAUAUGCCAUUACACUUGACAAUGGCAAAGGCCAAAGUCAACGGCUUUCUGACAUUUUCUACCAAGGAAAUUUCUAAUUUGCUUGCUCCAUUGUCCGUCAUGGCAGCUGCUUUUGAGAUUAUGGGCAACAGUAUGUGAAUGUCCUUUGUGCUACUAGGCACAGGAGCUUAUUUGUUAUCCACUGAUGGGAUUUGGAGAAGUAGAUAUUAUGGGAAAAAAAGGAAUAACCUUUAUGGUUUGGAUUUGUUAUAAUUGUUUUAAUCUUGUUAUGUACAUUCAAAUAAAAACACCACCAACCUUUGCCAAAA